UCUGGGGGCAUGGAUCCCGUCUUGCAGUCCACUAUAGAAAUAGAAAAUAAACAGUAUACCGUCACGUUAACAAACUCAGUUAUUUAUUGGGACAAUGCCCGUAGUUCUGGUGCAUACAAUGGACAAAGUUCUGAGAGCGUAUCAAAACCCAAUACUAAUGAUAGUCCCGAGCAAAAAAAUACCAGUGAGCAUUUUCAGAAGUGUCAUUUGGGUGGUGUGUUUUCGUUGUUAAAAACCUGCUGUGGUGGGAACCAGGGACAUGAUAUUCAUCUGAUAGACCUCCGUGACGUGAUCACGGUCACGUCGGAAAAGAAGCGCUCCGGACGUGCGAGGGAAACACGAGGCCUCGAGCUGAUGUCUCUGAAUAGCACAUGCACGACGUUUAUUGUCUACAUCAUACGGCGCAUAACAAAGCAUAGGUGGCGUGACCGUAAGAUUUUGUUCCAGUGUCGUGAUGCGAAGACGUGUCAGUUGUGGGUCUCAAAAAUACAGGAUUGUUUAUUUGCUCCAGAAUAUAAUCGACCACGGAAGUUGCUCGUGUUCGUCAACCCGCAUGGCGGUCUCCGCAAGGGACAGAAAAUCUAUGCAGAAAAGGUGGCGCCACUGUUGGAACUGGCGGCAGUGUCUACAGAGGUUGUUGUCACAAAGCGUGCCAACCAUGCCCGGGACAUGCUGUUAGAGUGCAAUCUGAAACAUUAUGAUGGGGUCGUGUGUGUCGGUGGAGAUGGAAUGUUCUCAGAAUUGCUACACGGUUUGCUGUUACGAAAACGUAUGGACCUAGGACUGAUGGAAAACGGGCCAAGAAAUCAACAAUAUUGUCCAGAUAUACGAAUUGGCAUCAUUCCAGCUGGUUCAACAGACACCGUAUCCCACUGUUGCCAUGGUUACAAUGACCCCAUAACGUCAGCAUUACAUAUCAUAUUAGGUGAUUCGCGAGGCAUAGAUGUGUUCUCUGUACACCAGGGGAACCAGUUCCUGCGUUAUGGUGCGACGUUAAUGGGAUAUGGCUUCUACGGUGAUAUAAUAAAGGAAAGCGAAGACUUACGAUGGAUGGGACCAAAGCGUUAUGAUUAUCUCGGUGUGAAAAACUUCUGUAGGAAUAAGCUGUAUGAGGGCGAAGUGUCAUUCCUGCCGAGUUCUAAUAUGAAGGACAGUCAUCCCCGUGAUGGUACUCGCUGUCAUGCUGGUUGUGAAGUUUGCCAUGAAGCGUCGCAGUUACACAGGGAAAAGGAGGGAGCUGAUUCGGGAUCAGAAAGUAUGGGUAACUGGCGACGUAUACGAGGACGUUUCGUGAGCGUCAACGCCUACAACAUGAGCUGUCGUUGCGCUAAAUCUCCAGAUGGCGCCACACCCUCUGGUCACCUAGGCGACGGCUAUGCUGAUCUCGUGCUGACAUCUAAUUGCUCGCGGGUAAAUUUCCUUCGCCACUUGAUGAGGACUGCCAAGAAAGAUUCUGACCAGUUUGACUUCAACUUCAUCCAAGUGCACAGAGUGAAGGAGUUUAAGUUCAAGCCAUUAAUUGAGGAUAUGGAAGAACAGGUUAGCGAAAGUUCCAACGAUGGCGAGCAACGUCUGCGACGGAGUUCAACCCAUAAUAGCGUUUGGAAUUGUGAUGGAGAGUGUUUGGACCAGGCGUCGGUCCAUGUCAAAGUCCACUGCCAACUUAUCAAACUUUUCUGUCGAGGUAUUGAAGAGGAAGUGAAGGAGGACUGCGCAUCUUUGUGUGUGUCGACUUGUGGUCGAACAAAAGAUCGUUUCAGUUUCAGUAGAUCCUACGUCAUUUAGAACUAUUCGUCUCCCGAAAUGACUUAAAUUAAGGGCUUCAUCCUAGUCUGUUUAGAAGGGUUUGUGUCUGAUUUUGGCCGGAUGAGGACAAGGAAUGCUAAAUUCUGUGGUCGCAUGAAUGGUGAAUUUACUUUUGGCAGGUCUUCUGUCAUUCAGAUCAGGUUGUUUAUAAGUAUACCGGUGUGAGGACUGCCCAGCUCGGUGUGUGUCAAUCUGUGCUCACUUCAAAGGAGGGAUUGAAUUGAGGUUCUAAGUCAUUCAGAAUGGGUCUUGUUAGACCAUAUCCACAACUCCGUGGAUAUGGUCUAUUGUUUUUACUGAGCCGAUCGCCAGGACCAGAGGGAUGUGGUUUUCGACACGUAUCUCCGAAACUGCCGCACGGAACGACCUGAAAUUUGGUUAGGUUACGUUUCAUAACCUGCUAACGAACAACGUGUACUUUAUUUUUGCAGCCGUUGCUUACUUUUUUAGUUUUCGGGUGAUUUUUGAUGAAAAUCGCCGGUUCUGAACCGUUCCGGUAAUAGCACUGCCUCCCGCGUUUUUACCGAUUAGGCAAGUUGCUCAACGUUUAUCUGUCCCGACCUGAACAGGUGGGAGGAUACCCCCUACAUUGAAGAGCCAACAGACAUUUCGUCUACGCAUUCUGGACUGGGUGAGUGUGAAUUUUUCGUGAUUGUAAUCGCCCUCAAAUUUGUGUUGAAACACUGCAUCAGACAAAAUUAACUCAUCAGAGGUCAAGAAAAGGAUCUUAAGAAUAUAUGUUCGCUGUUAGUUUGGGUGAUUAUAGGGAGCCCGUCCAUCUUUUGAGGCAAACUUGUCAUCCGAAAGUUUCCAGAUCCCCGCAAUGGCGGAUAUACAUUCAUCAAAAAAAUUACGAAUUCGGGCAAGUUUCAUCAAACUGUGCGCCUUAAACACCUAAGAAUGUCUCAAAAUCACCCAGACUCUACACAUGAGAUAUACCUUCACUGAAAAUAAUUGCUAAAACCUCGCUUAACGUGUCGCGAGUGCUGAAAGCAACAGUUUUGGAGAUCGUUUUUCUGUACAUCCUGCUCACUCCUGUAGAAAUGUACAGUAAAGCACGUAUACACGUGCAGUGUAAAUGGACACACGAAUGUACACACCUUCUGAAAAUAUUGUCAGCAAAGGUGAUAAGUGUUUGUUCUGAAUUAUGACAAUGAAAUUCAUAGACUAUUAGCAGGUAGUCAGUGUCUGUUGGUCUGAAUAAUGAAUGAUAAAACUUCUGGUGAAGUUAAAAUAUUUCCUCGCUCUGUUUUACAGCCUGACGCAGUGACCGGGAUGAUCAGCAUCUGUUCUGUUCUGCGACCGCAUCAGUCACGGAUAUAGGAGCCUUGACCACGAGGAGCUGAUGAGGCAAAGUCGUAUAACCGUCUUAACCUUGACAUCGGUGCAGUGCUGAAUUUGCCGUCCGAAGACAAACCAGUAUAAUAUUCCAGCCGUAUUUCGUUCUUUUCACUGUAAUACUUUUACUUCAAAAAGACUGAAUAAAUAAACCUACUGUGGCAGUUAGUUUAAAAAGAUAUUAUUGCAUUUUACGUUUUUACUCUUAGUGCUGAUCGGUCAUACCCCUUGGGCCUGGCCGUAACCUUGCAUACUGGUUGUCUCGAUGCCGUAUGCUAUGACCAUGUAUAUAUCUACUGGACUGGUUUGUUGCACCAUGUCGAAGGAAUUUUAUGUAGAGAUCAAGACACUUCCCUCGCAUCACAAUCUACACCUCAAAAGAAUGGUUGUAAAAAUCCUUGCCAUGAUUCCCGGUUGCCCCUAUGUUGUGACCAUGCGUGCAUCAAUGGCCUGGGAUGUUGCAACCUACACUUCAAAGGAAUGCGAAGUCUAAAUCACAUUUAUUUUUUGUCCCCAGGUUGUGACUUUCCUAACAGCAAUUGCAGACCAUAUCCCUGGUGAUAGUGUUUUGUCAUCUUAAAAAUGAGCACCAGGACAAAGCACCAAAAACCUGCCACUUAAGAUCAGAUCAGAAGUUACCUACGUGGUGCCAGUACCCACAAGUGCAUGAUUGACAACUAGAUCAUUUGAAGAAAAAAUUGGCAGCAGAACCAUGUGUGCAUGGAGGGAGGUAUUAUAAUAUAAAUACUGUGGAGACGCAAUGUGUUAUUGGUCGUCCAAACAUUGGGAGCUUUCAUCCCCACCAGCCAUAUCAGAUGGCCAACUGGUUUCCCUCACUCGACCAGAAAACUCAUCAAAAGAUACGAAAGAUGUUGAGAUUCAGAUUACAUUUGCUUGUUGUCUGCUGGAUUCUGACCAUCCAUAUGCUGAGUUGUUGCAGUCCCAGAACCAUCGCUAAUUCUAGUAUUUAUGAUGCACCUACUGUCACAACCUAAUUCAGCUGGUUAUUCAGGGUUAUUUGCCUCUGAUUUAUCUGGUUAUAUCCUGGUGCAAACCUAAUUUCUCAACAUGACAAAAUACUUUCACCAGGGAUAUGGUCUGCAAUUUGCUGUUAGGCGAAUUGCCCAAUACUAGUUUCCAAUUACUUUCCAAGCAAAGUGUAGAAUAUCCUCUCUACCAGUGGCAGCCUGUGUUGGUAGUUCCUUGACGUGACUGCACAGGAGUUUAGUGUAUAUGGCUGACUGCGCCUUCUCAACUAUGUGAGUGUCAACCUGGUGUCACAGGCCAUCAUUUGGGACCAAGAAGGUAGAAUUGGACAAUAUAAUUGACCAGGAACUCGACCCUGAACCCUCUUUCAACUAGACACACUUUACAGUGUUUGCCCAAGAGCUUUGUAUAUUCGCACAGUAUCUAUAGCUUUAAAGCACACAAAAUUGGUGCAGUAUCAGCGAGAUACAGACUAGGUUGUAAAUAAUGUCAAAGUUGACAUGAUUUACAGAGACACAGGACACAUUGAAAUAAUGUCAAAGUUGACAUGAUUUACAGAUGAGAACACAUUGAAAUAAUGUCAAAGUUGACAUGAUUUACAGAUGAGAACACAUUGAAAUAAUGGUAAAGUUGACAUGAUUUACAGAUGAGAACACAUUGAAAUAAUGUCAAAGUUGACAUGAUUUACAGAUGAGAACACAUUGAAACAAUGGUAAAGUUGACAUGAUUUACAGAUGAGAACACAUUGAAAUAAUGUCAAAGUUGACAUGAUUUACAGAUGAGAACACAUUGAAAUAAUGGUAAAGUUGACAUGAUUUACAGAGACACAGAACACAUUGAACGAAUGUCAAAGUUGACAUGAUUUACCAUGUUUACAGAGAAACAGACCACGUUGUAAAUAGUGUCAUAGUUGACAGGAUUUACAGAGACACAGACAACAUUAGCCGAGGGUCGCUGCCUGUCGGGUUACCUUGUUUGUUGUGUCUCUCUUUUGAUUGGUUAGAAGGCAGUAAGAGUAAAGACAGGGUAUUGCUUUAAAUUACUUUUAACUUGUUUUAGACAAAUAAUCAAAAACUGUCCUUUCUUAAGGCAUUUUUGUAGGAGGUUCGCAAGGCUUCAGAUAUCCACAAUUUUUUUUUCAACUACGGGUCAGAGGCGAUGAAUAUCAUUGGGCUAGUCAAAUUUGAUGAAUGGCGGACUUUUUUGCCACCAUCCUGCCUAAUAAACCAACAGUGUGUGACUUUAAAGAUAAAAUCACAGAGUGUUGAAUAAUGUCAGUGAUUAUGAAAAUGUUAUAAAAACGUUUGAUUUUGACCAGUGCUAAGUUACUGAAAGAAAUCAUUAAUUGAAUUAUCAAAGGACCCAUUGUUCUUAUGGGUUUUCUAGGGAACGAUUAUCUAAUAUAGCCGUUUGUCGAGGGCAACAUGGAUUUUUCUGUCCCAAGGAAUGUGAUUAAGACAGAAAUAUUUUGGUAGUAAGAGUCAUUUUCAGAUGGAGGUGAAAAAUUUAUCCACAUCUAAACCUCGUGAAUACAAUCUAGUCUCCACAUUAUAAACUCAUUCACUCGCCUUCGAUGCGAUAUCAGGGAGGAUAUCGGUAACAACGCCAACAACAAUUAUACGUUAAUUAUUUUAUAGAGAGGAGCUAACAUCUUACUCUCAGUGUGACAAGUUGAAAGCAUUCUGUAAUUUCUCAGACACUAGUGCUGUAAAUACUUUGUAAAUAACCUUGUUAUUUAAUGCUAUUGUUGUAUUUAAUUUGAAAAAUGUAAUUUAAGAAAAUUACUCAUGUGAGCUUCAUUCAAAUGAUGAUCGAGUUUUGAGACUGACAUUUCGUACUUGAUGGUAAUGUUUAGAGAGGAUUAUGAGUUUGUUUUAGCUCUAAUAUUAGUUGUAAUAUCAUGCUUUGCUAAAAAAUGAAUUAGGUUGUUUAAAUUUGAUGCCAUUCUUUUGGUGCCUCAUCCAAAUUUUGGUGAUUUCAUCGUGUUUCUUGUUUCCGACAAUUUAGAUUCAUGAGUGUGUUUCAUAAUUAAACAACAUUUAUCUGUUUGAAGUAACCCCAGUAGGGUUUUUUUUCUCCACACAAAGACCUUUGUGUCUGUUCUGAAUCAAUUUGGACAGUUUAUAACUUUGGAUAUUUGUAAAAAGUCACCCCCCCCCUCCUUUGUGUUUUUUUUUUAAAUAUCCAAUUAUCAAGUUUUUAACUUAAGGAAUUGAACCCGAGGCGGAGGACCUUGGUUGAGUUACCAAGACACUCGAGGGUGGAGCUAAAAUACAGUCCAAACCCGAGCCGAUAGGCGAGGGUUUGGACGAAAUUUUAGCUCCACCCGAGAGUGUCUUGGUAACUCAACCAAGGUCCGAAGCGAGGGUUCAAUUUCUAUUCUAAAAUACCUCAAACUUAAAAAGAUAGGCCACGAAAAUAACUUGAAUAUGUGCGAAUUUGGCAAAUUCCAUCCAUCGCCUGCCCAGAGCGCCGGUAGCGCCGUUGUUUACAUUAUGUUACGGCAGCGCGUAUAGGAAGUCCGCAUCGGCUCGCUCAAGUGAUGCUAAAAUCCGCGCAAAUGGGCUAUUUGGAGCGUUUUUCUCAGCAAAUAUGUGUAGUGCUCAUUAAAAAACUUAGGGUGGUUGAUGCUUCCUUGGCUGAUUUGUGUUUGAAGCAGUGUUUUGAGAGCCUCAAACUUCUGAAGUGAGCUGUGUGCAUGGUUUCCACAUUUUAGUGCAACCCGAGGGAACUUUGGUAGAGCAUCUUGGUUGCGUGUCCAAAACACUCCACUCUCAGAACGAGGCUUAUGCAUUUUCCAUUUAAAAGUUGACUUUACGAUACCAAGGUAUUUUAGAAUGUCCAAUUGAUCAUUCACCAAGAUAGAUGGAUGCUAUAGUUCAAUUUAUCAUCAUCGUGUAAAUAGUUUUAGCUUCUUGAAUAAUUUAUCAUUUCUCAAUAUUUGAAGUUCAUACUCAAGUUUCUUGUCUUUAAGGUCUUUUUUUCUCAGCAAGAUUUUGGGUGGUUUGAUGUGUUUGGUAUCAGGACCAACUCUUUUGGGGUACAAUAGGUGAUGGAAUAUUGGGUGGAUUUUAAAAGGAUGCCGGUUGGUUAUAAACAUGUUGGACUGGGUACAUGUAGUAUGCAAAUGUUGAAAUGACCCAAAAUGAAACAAGACAAACUAAAUGAAACAAAUAAACAUUUCAAACAUAAAAUUGAAGAUCAGGUUCGGGUAUGAUUGCAAGGGUUUAUAAGGCUUAUUUGGCUCGUUUAGUUUGGGAGAUUCAUAGCCUAGUGGUUGACGUUGCUGGCUACCAUGCAAACAGGCCUGGGGAGAACCCAGGAUUGUAUUUCUGUAUGCUUGGCUUGGCUUUCAAGGAACUAAAAUUCCUCGCUCUUCACAGUCCUUCGAAUAAGACUUAAAACCGAGGUUCCCUUUAUCUGGUGUCUAUGCUAGGGCAGGUCAAAAGACCCCACCAAGUGAGAAACAUGAGUAAAAUGCCUGGACUCAACCACGCGUUGAAGUCGGAUUCACUAGGCCAAUUAACCCAAUUGGGGCAUAACCGUAGUGUCACGCAUCCCACCUUGGAGGGGGAACACUCCCAUGAGAAAAUCCCCUCCAAGUGCAGAGCAAACGCUGAAGAAGAAGAACUGUGACAAGGCUAUGCCAGGGCCACCAAGAUGCUAUGUUUAUUUUUCAAACCAAUGUUGCAUCACUGGUUCUAGCCUUUUAGCCGUUACAGUAGCACGUUGAUAAGGGAGCAAUCGUUUAACUGUGACAACACAAACUGUGAAGCCGGAGUUGGAGCAUUGGUUUGAAAGCCUGAUAAUGGCUCCCUGGCUAUCCUAGCAUGACCUCAACACAAUGAAGAAGCUGCAAGUUGGGUGACCUGCUGUCAGUCCAAUGCUGGUUUUGCUCAGAGAGGUGGUUGGCCAUCACUCGAAGAGGCAGGUGAUUCUCGGAGAGGUUGCAGUUGAUCCCACUGGGUGAUAAUGUAUAUUAGAGUGAGGACACUGUUAUAUAAUUGUUGUAUGAUAACUGUAUUUUCAUAUUGGCAAUCAGCACCAAUAAGAGUGCAGGGAGGGGCGAUUACUUGUUAAGGUUUCCUUUGAUAGAUAAAAUCAUGCAGAGUCUUUAACAAUAAGCGUAGGAUUUAAACCUCAGUCAUCAUAAAAUGGUGAGUUAUGAUGUGGUAAGCUUGUAGUAAAAAUGAACUACAAUAGGUUCUUUAGUGUGGCUGGAUCCACAUGUUGAUGCUGUGUAAUGCAAGGCCUUAUGAGUUACCAUGGUGUGAUUUUUUUUGUGUAAUGUCUAGUAUCCUGUUCACGAUCAGUCUUUAUAUCAAUAAGGUUAGUCACUUUUUAUAGCCUUUCAGGGAUUGGCUCUUAUUUUGGGUAUCUCACCCCAAGAAAAUGUGAUCAGAAAAACAUUUUGAAGCCUCAAGGGCUGAUGCUGUAAAUGAUCAUUUCAGUUAGUUACUUAGUUAGUAUUAUCCCUUGUCAGGAUGUCCAAAUAAGAAUUAUCCCACUUCGCGAGUGUGACCUGUCGGGCAUGAUUUGUGAAGUUAAAUUUCCGAUAAUGGAAAUAUAGGGUUCAAUUAGCUAGUUCAAUCACACUUAAAUAGAAGAAACACACAGUGAGUCUGUAAUAUCACGCUCAAUUUGUGAAUAAAACAGUUCAUUUUCUA